AUGUAUGUGACGCUCUUCAAUGGUGAGCUAGGGGAUGUCUACCUGAAGCUGACAGCAGAAAUGAUAUCGACCGUCCUCGAGUCUGAAUCCUACUUGUUUACUGCGCGCGAGAUCUGGGUUCUCCGACACAUCCUCGAGCUACCGUACGAACCGCACUACCUGCUCACGCGCCUGCUGCUCCGGCGACCAGGGAAGGUGCACGCGCUCUCGAACCUCAUCAACGCGUACUCUCCCGAGCUGGGCGAGGAAGGCGUGAAGCGUGCCAUGACGCAGCUGUGCUUCGCUCUCGACGUGCCGCAACACGUGCUCGAGGAAGACCCCCUGCCGAUCCCGAAGGAGAGCGUGCCCCCCUCGUUGGACGUCACGCCGAAUGGGUCAGGCGCUGGCACGCCGAAGACCGAGACUGCGAACGGGAGUAACCCAUGGUCAAGCCUACCGACUGGUCUCAGCGAGGAGGAGGAGAAGAAGGACCCGGAGCUUGCCGAGGCUAUCCGCGUGAGCUUGUGGACAGAGCAGCACGGCCCAAUACCGGAGAACGGUCAGGCAUCUUCCUCGCGGAUACCAAACGGUGCGCACGGCGCGCAGAAUGGCAACAGCACCACGAGUCAAGAUACCAGCGAGAGUCUCAAGGCGUCACUGUCAUCGCUUGGCACGCUGGGGCUGGAACUGGCCAACUUCGACCUGCAGUUCAGCCUCGAGGACACGACAGCGCCCGAGAUCAGGUCGCUCGCGCGGGACGAGAGCGAGCUCAGCCUGGAGCAGUUGCUGAAGUGCGCUGCUGCCGAUGAUCUGCGUCGCGUCGCUCGAGGAAGGAAGAUUCCACCAUCGGCACUCGCCACGCGCGAGUCGACCGUCAAGGCCCUGCUGGACUCUGCACGACGACAGACGACGCUGGGCUUCGCGCCAGUCAAAGGCAAGGGCAAAGCGAAGGACGACGGCCGGCCUGUCUCAUGCAUGUCGACGUCGGAGCGCAAAGUCAUCGAAGAACUCCUCCCCUGUCUUGGAGGACACGCGAUCCAGAUCGACCGAUCCGUUUACACCCUCGUGUCUCGCGUCAACCUCAUCUUCUCACGCACGCCCCCACAAUCGGCGCUGGCGCCGGCACUCAUGCUCCCCCCAAUCCUCGUGGCGUCUAGCAAGCGGCACUACCCCGACUAUGGCGAGCCGACGCGCACACCAGUGUGGUCGAGCCGCGCGGAGAUGCUCAUGUGGGAGCGGGCGGUGACGUGGGAAGCGCUCGUCUCGGACGCGCUUGGCGAUUACUGGUCGCAGUCGCGCCGUGGUGGCCCGCCGGCUCUCAACUUUGGCAGAAUGGAGAAUCUCUCCCGCACUGAUGGAGCCAGGAUUGUGCGCAAGGUCUGGGAGGGCGUGUGGCCCAUAUGGCAAGAGAUGAUCGUUGCUGGAGGGAAGGAGGAUGUGCCAGGGAGCAGAGACCGGUUCCGCACUGAGCACGUCCUCUCCAGGAUUGUAUACAAGGUGAGCUAUUGUAGCUGCGAUCGAGCUGACGUCAGGGCGCCACGGCACUGGGCGUGCUGCACGAGUACGACAAGGAGUGCGAGGUGCUGCGCGCACUUCUGGCACAAUGGCGCUGGAGGCGUGGAAAGCGAGGCCUUGGUCCUCAUGACGCACUACGGCAAGGGUAAUCCGGAGAAGGCGAUCGCGAAAUUGGAGGAGGCGACCCAAGUCUGCAUUGACGGUCUCCUCGACGAGGACACCCAUCUCAGUGAGCUACCAGAGACGCGCAUUCAGCUGAUGGCAGUCUACCGCCCUGGUCUGUCUCGCCGCCUGACACGACUGGAGAACAAGUUGAACCUGCCACCCGAAGAGCGUCACAUCUCCUACGCCGAGUUGCAGGAGUGCGAGACGAGGGAUAUUGUGGCUCAGAGAUCCCAGCAGAACGUCGGCCAGCCGCGCCUGCCCCGUGCUGAGAGCUUCACUCGUGGCAUGAGCCCAGAUAUGGAGGAAGACACUGUCGGUAUUCCCCAGGUCGGCAAGUCCGCGUGGCAGGGCCGCGACGGCGAGGUGACAGUUGAGGGCUGUGUACUCGAGUUCUGGGAGGACCAGGGAUACGAGGGCUUCCACGCCGAGUCCUCGAUCCUGACAACACUUUUCGCUCUCCUCAUGUGGCCUGUCUUGUUCCUGCCUCUCCCCGGUGCAUUCGAGACACGCUAUCAGACGGCUCCGUUAGACCUAGGGGAGGACACGUUCGCGCGCGCCCGCCGCGACCUGAUCGAAGAGCGUCUCGAGGCUAUGCAGAAGACAGCCGCGGCCGUCGAGAUGCUACGCGAGGCGGAUGCGCGAGAGCGACCUCGCGGUACAUGGGCUGUUGGUCUCAGCUGGGACUUUGGCCGCCAGGAGCUCGAGGAGAUUGUCGAGUGUCUCGGCGGCCGUGCUCUCGCGAUCAUCUGUCGCAUGCUCUCCGAGGAGUACCGACACCGAGCCAGUGGUGUACCCGAUCUCAUUGUGUGGAACUACCCCGAGCGCAUCGCUCGCUUCGUGGAGGUCAAGGGACCGGGAGACAGCCUGUCCGAGACCCAAAAGAUCUGGAUCGACGUUCUUCUGUCUGCAGGCGUGCCCGUUGAAGUGUGCCGUGUCAAGGACAAGGCCGAGGUUGACAGCAAGCCGCCGCCCAAGCGCAAAGGGUCAUUAAAGAAGACGCCCAGUUCUAGUUCGGCGGUGAAGGGCAAGGCCAGGCUGCCCAAGGUGAAGACGAACGGGGUCGACAUCAUCGUCAUCGACAGUGAUAGCGACGAUCAGACCACGAGGAAGCGCAGGAAGUCAUAA